UGGUCACGUGACAGAAAGGGGAAGUAAAAUCUUUAAUCGUCACUGUAAACAUGACAGAAGCAAAACUCGGAGAUUAAAAUUGCGUUUUAUCUUCAAUACAUUAAGACACCGAACACAUCUGUCGCUUUCUGCUACUGUUCUCACCCGGGUGUGAGAGAAAUGACGCGAUAUCUAUUCAUAGUUCUGCCGCUGAUGUUGUGUUGCUGUCAGGUCGAUGGUCAGGAGGCGGUUCUGCACGUGUCUAAUGGAUCUACAGUGAGAGAAUACUGUCUGGUGUUUAACUCUUCCUUGAGUAACAUCUCACAAGACCUCAAUGCAGCGAAGCCGUACCCUCUGAUGAACUUGAGCUCCAGUCUGUUGUGUGAUGCGGUUGGGCACUCUGAAGGGUCUCUGAAGGGUCGGGCUGUGGUGGUCAUGAUAGGAGUCUGUCCCUUAAGUCAGAAAGCUCAGGUCGCUCAGUCAUUGGGUGCGUCUGCGCUUCUGAUCGCCAGCAAGACCAACCUGGUGUCGCCUUCAGCAAACGAGUCUGAGUUCAGUAAAGUGAAGAUUCCUCUGGCACUGGUGAGGUAUCGUGAUGUGCUGGAUGCCCUGCAGGUGUUUCCUCAGGGAAUGGAGGUGAAGCUGUACGUUCCGCCCGCACUACAGUUUAACAUCAGCGUCAUCAUUCUCUUACUGAUCGCUGUGUUUACGGUGACCCUGGGGGGGUUCUGGAGCGGAGCAGCGGAGAGGGUGAAGCAGACAUCAGGCUCCUCUGCAGACGACGAGCAGGCUGACGGCAGUGAGAUCACUCUCUACUCGCCCCUGAAAGUUCUGCUGUUUGUGGCUAUAAUGUGUGUGAUGUUGGUGUUGAUGUACUUCUUCUACUCAUGGAUGGUUUAUGGUAUAAUCAUCAUCUUCUGUCUGGCAUCAGCGACGGCACUCUUUAACUGUCUGGACUCACUCAUGACGGCUUUGGGAUUUGGAACGCUCAGUUUGUCAUGCGGUGAGAAAACUGUGUCUGUGCGCUCGCUCCUGCUCGCCGCUGUCUGCAUCACGCUGUCUGUGAUCUGGGGAGUCUACCGCAAUGACGACAGGUGGAUCUGGAUUCUUCAGGAUCUGUUGGGUGUGGCUUUCUGUCUCAAUUUUCUGAAAACCAUCUCCCUCUCAAACUUUAAGAUCUGCGUGAUUCUGCUGAGUCUGCUGCUGGUGUAUGACGUCUUCUUUGUCUUCAUCACACCGUUCCUCACAACUAAUGGAGAGAGCAUUAUGGUGCAGGUGGCUCUUGGUCCCGGGGGAAGUGGAGAACGGUCUGGUGGUAAAACGGUGGAGAUUCCUGCUGACCCCUCAUCAACCUACGAGAAAUUGCCGGUAGUAAUGCGUAUCCCACAGUUAUUUGCGGUGGCACAGAAUCUGUGUAUGACUCAGUUUUCCAUAUUGGGCUACGGUGACAUCAUCAUACCAGGACUGCUGGUUGCGUACUGUCACAGGUUUGAUGUGUGGAUGAGUAACUCCAGAAGAAUCUACUUCAUCUCCUGCGCUCUCGCGUACUGCGUGGGUCUUGUGGUGACGUUUGCAGUGAUGUUGCUCUCUAAGAUGGGACAGCCGGCGUUGCUGUAUCUGGUUCCCUGCACACUCCUCACCAGCUCCAUUCUCGCCUGCGUCCGGAAGGAGUUCAAGCAGUUCUGGGCCGGCACCAUCUACCAGGUUCUGGAUGAUUCCAGUAAGCCCUUACUAUCAGAUGGGGACGUAGAAUACACCGGCGGAGCAUCUACUAACACACAACAGAAGGGAAUCUGUUAACUGCACUGGACAGUUUCAACACAUCUGAUCAAUACAUUAAACUGACAAAGACAACAUGAAACUGUUAGGGGCCUUAAAUCACCUAAUCAACCUGAGGGUUUCUUUCUUUUUCAAUUUUUACUUCAUUUUAUACUUGUAAUCUUUCAGAUAUUUCUUUCUAUAGAAGUGAAUAAUUUAACUGUUCCUCUGUAAUUCAAAUAGAAUUGUCUAAUAAAUGCCAAAGUGAGA